AUGCCUCACAAUCACCGCUGUAACAGAGUGUACCUGCGCCAUGGUCUGGUUUUGCUUAACGGUUCCGGCUGGAAUGCAAAGGAAAUCCACAUCAAGCUAAUGGAGACAUACGGCGAGGACGUCAUCCCUCGUCGCACAUGGAAGACUUGGUUCGCUGGAUUCAAGAAAGGAAACUUUUCUAUCGAAGAUGCUAUGCUAUGCGGGAAAUGGCGACCAUGCUCGGCUAUAAUCAAUCGACGAUUCUACGUGGACUGA